AUAUACCCUCAUUUCUCGCUCUCUCAGCUCAGAUAAUGUGAAUAAAGUUUACAAACUGUUUGCAUGCAAACAUGUCUAAAAAGGUAGAUAUUCGACAACUUAUGCGGAGACAGAAGGUUCAAAGCAGCUUGUCGGCAACAAAGAAGAUCGAUUCACCAUUAGCAAGGUAUAACAGCCUGGGACAGUUAUCAUGUAAACUAUGUAAUAUACCAAUCAAGAGUGAAAUCCUCUGGAAGAGUCACCUGCAGAGUAGGAAACACAAAGAGAGUGUUGAGUUAUUAAAAUCAGGGAAACCAUUAACAACUCCAUCAACAGCAUCCAAACAUGCAACAAAACAGAAAGACUCAGAAGAACCAGUUAUAAAAAAGGUCAAAGUUUCAGAAACAAGUACAACAGAAAAAGGUCUACCUGCAGAUUUCUUUGAUACACAAAUCAGUUCAUCAGAAGUAAGACAGCCAGUCUCAACAGUCUCAACAACACAAUCAACAAAUCCUAGCUUACCAGCUGAUUUUUUUGAUGUAGAAGUAAGUAGCCAAGCUGAGACAGUGGCAGAAAAAGAUGUACAGCCAGAUAGUUCAUCUAAAUCAAUGGCAGAAGCACUGCCGGAGGGGUUCUUUGAUGACCCGAACAUGGAUGCAAAAGUCCGCAAAGUAGAACCGAAGAAAAACAUUGAAGAUGAGUGGGUGGAGUUUCAAAAAGUUAUGGAACAGGAACAAAAGGUAUCAGAAGCUAUUCUGGAGGAAGAUGUUGAUGAAGCCCAAAAAGAGAGACAAAUAGAUGAGAUCGAUGAACAAAUGACGAGAUGGAAGAAAGCCGACAUACUACGUGACAAACAAGAAGAAUUGAGAGCCAAAGUGAGCCAACAAACUAGUUCAACAGUAGAAAAUGAAGAAACGAAUGAUGAUGACAACGACGAUGAAGCAGAUUUUGAAGAAUUCUUAGACUGGCGGUCUAAAGAAGCAUGGAAGUGAAGGAAAAAAACUAAUAUUUUAUUGAGCGUGUUAAAAAAUAAAAUUCUGUGUCUCUAAUUUUGAGUGAGACCUCAUUCAUGCAGCUAUGACGGUUAGAAAAGUAAACAUCCCGAGGUCUUAAUUCAGUGAUUGGCUGUGAUGUCGUAAGCCCUGGGUAGUGCCCAUGUAGACAUUUUUUGUAUUAAGUUACUCCAACGUUACUACAGACAAUUUACUCCAGAGCAGCCUCAAGAAAAAAUGCGCUACUUCCACGUACACAAGGAAUGUAUUAGGAGUAUGUGCUCAGGCUAGCACCGUGUAGAUGCAAUUACUUCAGAGCUUGCAAGUAAAUGCAACCUUUAUUAUGAUGAACUAGAUUUGAAGUAAAAAAAAACAUACCCUAGGUAAGCUUCAUGUGGACACUCGUUGGAAGUAACGCGCGCAUACAUUUUUACGUCUGUCAUAACUUUACUUCAGACAGAAGGCCAUCUGAACAUUAAUAAUAUUUUAGCAGUAUCACCAGAUUGAAAUUUUAGGUGACACAACCUCAAAUACAAGCCACAAGUGAUUUUGAAUGUUUGUCGACAUAAGUAUCACAUACACUCAAUGUAAAGAUGGCAACAUUCAAAAUCUGUGUUGCAUGUUUGUGUACCAAGAAUAAUAUACUUGCUGUAGUAAAUGAAGUAAAUAUGAUUUAUAAAAGAUACUUAUGUUUUUACGCAGACAGUGUCUGUCAGAUUUCAAAGAAAGUGAAUAAUAAUAUCAAGACAAUUUUUUAAAUUUCAAUGUCCUAUUUAUUGCAUUAGUUAUAUAAACACAUUACAUAAAUAUUUCUUAUAAACAAAAGUAAAAAUUGAAAUUAUUAAAAUGUUGUUCUAUUACAGGGGUUUAGCUAGAAAAAAAUAUAUGGAGCCCAAAUAUUUGGGUGCUAAGCAACAAAUGUCCUCUAAAGAUAAAAAGAAAAGGAUACCUUGCCCCAUAUGAAAACCAAGAGGCCAAAGUUAUCCUUAUAUCUAUUUUAUAGAUCCCAUUUGGCUUCUAAAAAAAAUUAUAAAUUUAUUUUGAAAUUGUCUACAGCAACUACAGUAGUGAGUAAAAGCAGAAAGUACUAUUAGUGUAAUAUGAUUUAAACUUGUAGAGGAUACAAUUACAGGUAGCCGGGAGUUCUUCCAAUAAAUAUUAAUACAAAACCUGAGGAUUUUUUUACCCAGAAUCCAAGAUUCUUAACAGGACACGGUCAAGGACAUCCAAGACGCUAAAGUGGCCGUCAUAAACCAUUCUUGCUGCCCAAGCCCUUUUGCUAUUAUAUUCCCUCAAAUCAUCUCGCCAUCAAAUAUAAACCAAUACAUAUAUUUCAUAACAUGAAUAUGAGACUCAAGGGCCAGCAAAUAUUACUAUUAUUUUGAUCGAUUGCUGGCUUUUUUCAAUUUUAACAAGUCUUAUCCAGUCUAUUGUUAGCCACCGAGAAAUAAGGAGAAAAUUUCUGAAAAGAGAGCUGAAAAAGCCAAAGAGUUUGGCAAGUGGGUAAUGAGUAAAACAAUGAGCUCAGGAUGCUCAUACCUAAAUUUGUGAAGCUUGUAGUUAACUUGAAAGACUUGUAG